AUGGAAGAAUUAACCAACGGAACACAGAGCGGAAAUGAAGCCCCCAUACAUGGCCAAGGCGAGAAUGGGUUUAAUUAUAUAACGGGAUGGAAGUCUCGCACUAUAAUGGCAGCGCUAGGGUUUGCACUCUUCCUCGUCAACCUUGAACUCACCAUUGUCGGCACCGCUCUCGUUUCCAUUACCAACGAUCUCAACGACUUCGUAAAGGCGAGCUGGGUUGUCACGGCUUAUUUGAUAACUUAUACUUCUGGUCUAGUAAUUUGGGCGAAAAUUAGCGACCACAUAGGGCGUAAACAAGCCUAUGUAGCCUCUCUAAUCACCUUCAGCGCGUUUGCUGGAGGAUGUGGUGCAUCUCAGACUAUGGUUCAACUAAUAGUCUGUCGCGCAUUUCAAGGCCUAGGAGCCGGGGGUGUUUAUGCAGUAGCCAUCGUCAUGCUCUACGAGUUAAAGCCACCUGAAAAGCUCGCCCAAAUCACGUCUGUCUCAGCUGGCGCGGCUGCGCUUGGAAACGCUUUGGGCCCUAUUUUUGGCGGCUUGAUAUCUCAAGGAUCAACAUGGCGAUGGGUAUUCCUCCUUAAUGUCCCAUCAGGGGUUGUUGCGGCUAUUGUGGUAUUAUUCGUGGUUCCGAAUGACUACCCGUAUCAAGGACUCCUACGAAGAAAGCCACAACUCAAAUUUCGGACCCUCGAUUUCACAGGGGCAUUUUUCAUGCUUACAGCAUUGGCCUUACUUAUCAGCGGGCUUGAACAAGCUGCCUCACUGCUAUACUGGGCAUCUGCUACCGUAAUUGUUCCGAUUUGUGUUUCCGCUGUCGUAUGGGUGGCAUUCUUUGCUAGUCAAUGGUACUUUACCCUCCCUGGGAGUUCAGUAGAGCCAGUCUUCCCUUGGCGGUUCUGUCAAAAUCGAGAGAUGAUGGGUCUUCUGGUAAACUCCUUUAUGACCGGAUCAGUCAGUAUAACAUGUAUCAUUCAACUUCCCAUUCGAUACCAGACAUCAGUAGGAGCCAGUCCGCUGCAAACUGGUGUCAGGUUACUGCCUUUUGUACUAUGCGGUCCUCUUGGUGUUAUCCUUACUGCGUCAAUCUCCAAAAAACGACGAGUCCCCCCAUUGUACUCGGCCCUCGCUGCGUCGAUCUUGCAAAUACUAGGGCUUAUCUUUAUAUCUCGAGGUCCUGCAGACAAUCCGGACUGGUCCCCUUUGUAUGGGCUCGAAAUCCUGACCGGUCUGGGAAUGGGCAUGGGUAUAGGGAUAGUAUCAUUGCUAACACCCUAUGUGACAGAAAAAAGGGAUUUAGCGGUCGCAUCUGCAGCUGGAACUCAAUUUCGCUUCAUCGGCAGCGCUUUUGUAGUCCCCAUUACCACUGCGGUGGGUAAUGGGUGGGUAAAAGAUCAAUUGUCCAGCUCGCUGACGUCUUCUCAAAUUGACCGAAUCUUUCAAUCGACGGCUUCUAUCUACGAACUUCCAAAGCAGUUACAACCUAGUAUUAGAAGUACAUUUGUCAAAGGCUUUAAUCUCGAAAUGCAUGUUGUACUUGGAUUCGCAGUUGCAUCUGUGCUUAGUAUAGCGUUGAUGUGGCGAAGGAAUCCGAUUAGGGUUGAAUGA